AUGGGCGCGAUCGCGGACAAGGACUACGGCAAGAAGGACGUCAUCUACGAAGACUUCACGCUGACGCCGUCGGGGUUGCAGUACAAGGACAUGAAGCCCGGCGCGGCGGACGGCGCGGUCGUGAAGAAGGGUGCGAACCAGACCGUGGUGAUCGACUGGGACGGGUACACGAUCGGGUACUACGGCCGUCCGUUCGAGGCGAGGAAUAAGAGCAAAGGCGGCGCGUUCACCGGCGAAGAGAAGGAUUUCGUUCGGUUCAAACCGGGCGACCCCUCGGUCAUCGCCGCGUUCAACGAGGCGAUCGUGGGCAUGACCGUGGGCUCGAUACGGCGGAUCGUCGUCCCGCCGAACACGCCGACGCGCGCGCUGGGGUAUCCGGACGGGAAGGCGUGGAGGUCGAUGAAGCCGCAGCCGUCGUCGUUUUCGGGCGAGAGAGCGUUGGGGUUCGUGCUGGAGAACCAAGGGAUGAUCGACAAGACGCUGCUGUUCGACAUCGAGCUGAUCAAGAUCAUAGAGUGA